GCUGGUCGUCAAGCAAAAGAAUAAUCACAGGACCAGAUCAUUUACAAUUAAUAGUUUACAUACCCCAUAACAAGACAUUAUGCCAGAAUCACAAGGACAAGUGAGAGGUUCUGGCCACAACAUCCAUGGUCAAUUUUUCGUCGACGGCAUCAUGCACAACCUCGAUGUAUACAUUACUGGUGAACCUCUGCCACACUUCAACGUCUCCAACGCCAGGUUGACCUACGAGUCGCCCAGAAAAUUGCGCGGCCGCGAACUCCUUCAGCCUAGCUCACGGAUUGGAGGAUCCGACAUUUCUUUGUCUCUGAUGGGUCCUUCGGGCACUCAGUCCAUUACCGGUCAGAUUGAACCGCCACUGUCAGAGGAUUUCCAAAUCUCUGGGCAGGGCGCUUGGGGUGUCUAUAAAGAUGAUGAUGACGACUAACGAAAAGUCUACUGUUCUCAUUACCACCUGUUACUUCGUUAUAGUACCAUCUAUCUCUGUGUAUACUAGUGUCUGCGAGCAUAUAAGCAUACUCAAUCCAG